AUGGAAACUGGGAGUGGAAUGAUUCAAGUUAAUGAUUCUCUCACACAACCUGGAAUCACUCCUAGUGAUAACGUGGACAAUUCCGACAGAGAUCAAUCUCAAUCCCUAACUGACCUUAUUCAUCCUCUUAUUGAUGAUGAUGAUGUUGUUGAUGCAUGUGAAUUGACUAAUGAGGGCAAGAGAGAAAAGAUAUCUGAUGUUUGGGAUCAUUUCAAAAGAAAAACAAUUAAAGGGGAAGAAAAAGCUGUCUGCAAUUAUUGUAACAAAGCUUUGACAGGUAAAAGAACUCAUGGAACUAGUCAUUUGAAGAAACAUUAUUUGUCUUGUAAAAGAAAACCGUAUAGGGAUAUAAGACAAGCAAUCUUGUUGAGAGAACAAAAGAAAACAGACGGGUCAUCUUCUUAUUUGAGUAACUAUCAUUUUAAUCCUGAAAAAUCAAGAAAAGACCUUGCUAGUAUGAUAAUAAUUCAUGAGUAUCCACUUUCAAUAGUUGAUCAUUUGGGGUUUAGAGCAUAUUCAGAAGGUCUGCAACCUUUGUUCAAGGUUCCUAGUCGAAACACGGUUAAAAGUGAUAUUAUCAAAAUCUAUGAAAAUGAAAAGUUGAAGACCAUGGGACUCCUAGACAAGAUUGAGAGUAAAAUUGCUUUAACAUCAGAUAUGUGGACAGCUAGCAACCAAAAGAAAGGGUAUAUGGUCAUUACAGCUCACUACAUUGGUGAUGAUUGGAGUAUGCAAAGUCGCAUAUUAAGGUAUGAUAUUUACAUGAAAUUUGAACCAGAGCUUAGCACUAUUGGAAGGGACAAUUAUACCGACUACAAAGGCAAGAAGGCAGAUCAAAGAAAGCAUGGUGGAGUAAGAGCUGCUUCCAUUGCAUGUGUUGUAGAGAUUAUGCUAAGCUUGAUCACCUCAUGCAAUGGAGUAACCUUAGUUGACUACUUUUUCAAGUCAAUGCAUUAUUCAGUUGCUGAAUCUUCAAACAUGGUUACCAACUUCUUGGGAACGGCUUAUUUGCUUAGCAUUAUUUGGGGGUUUAUUAGUGACUCUUACAUAACAAGAUUCACUACAUUCUUAGUUUCUGGUACCGUACAAUUGAUGGGACUAACGAUGCUAACAUACCAAGCAUAUAACCCAAAUUUGCAACCACCAGAAAACAAAACACCAUCCUAUAUUCAAGCUCUUUUUCUCUUUGCUGGACUUUAUGCUAUAGCCACAGGACUUGGUGGUAUGAGAGCUACCUUAGCUGCACAUGGUGCUGAUCAACUUGACCAAAGAAACAAGAGCCUCAUUUCCUCCUACUUCAAUUGGUAUUUCUUUAGUAUAUGCACAGGAGGACUUUUGGCAACAUGUGUUAUGGUUCCAAUUGAACAAAAAUAUGGGUGGAGUACAAGUUUUUUGAUAUUGCUUUUUGUUACAAGUUUAGCAUUGUGCACUUUUGCGUCUGGCUUUGCUUUGUAUACAUAUAAACGACCUUCUGGAAGUCCUUUAACUCGGAUCAUUCAGACGCUUGUUGUUUCAGCUAAGAAUAUGAAGGUGUCAACUGGUGGAAGUGUGAAUCAUGAAGUCACAGAAGUAUUACUUGCUAGAGAGCAAUCCCAACAUAAAUUCAAGUUUCUGAACAAAGCAUUGAUGGAUCAAAACAUUGGUGUUGCUCAAGUUAAGGAAACAAAAACCUUCAUAGGCCUUCUCCCAAUAUUUGUCACCACAAUCAUGAUGAAUUGUUGCGUAAGUCAAAUUUUAACAUUCUCAGUGCAACAAGGAAACCUCAUGAACAGAACAAUACACAAUUUCACAAUCCCCACACAAUCUAUAGCAUUUGUUCCAAUUAUUAUAUCACUCACUUUCAUAAUCCUAUUUGAACAAUUCAAAAAAAAGAACAAACACAAAGAUGCUUCAAACACCAAAUUCUACAAACCACUUUUUAGAAUGGGGAUUGGAUUGGCAUUAGUAUCAACAUCAAUGUUUGUGGCAUCAAUCAUUGAAUCCAAGAGGCUUGAAGCAUUCAACAAUGGGAAAACACUAUCUGUGUUUUGGUUAUUGUUUCAAUACAUUUUAUUAGGGUUAUCUGAUACACUUACAUUGGAAGGAAUGCUUGAAUUUUUCUACUCUGAAGCACCUGAAAGCAUGAGAAGUAUUUGUAUUUCAUUAUCUUGGUGUUCAAGUUCUAUGGGAUUUUUUAUGAGUUCUGUGUUGGUGACUUUAAGCAAUUCAGUUAGUGGAAGAUUUGGAAAGGAAUGGUUUGGUGGAAAAGAUUUGAAUCAUUCUAGGUUGGAUCUUUUUUAUGCUCUUCUUUGUGUUAUUAACAUUUUAAAUUUUCUGUUGUAUGUUUACUUUGCUAAGAGAUAUUAA